GAGAGCGAGAGAGAGACAUCAAUAGAGCGAGAGAGAGGAAGAUAAAGAGAGGGGUAGAACAAGAGAGACAGAGUGAGAGAGGGAGAGAGAGAGAGAGAAGGGAAAAGAGAGAAGGGAGAGACAGCAAUAGAGAGAGAGGAAGAGAGAGAGAGAACAAGAGAGACAGAGAGAGAGAAAGGAAAAGGGAGAAAGUGAGAGAGGGACAGACGGCAAUAGAGAGAGAGAGAGCAAGAGAGAGAGAGGGGUGAAAGAGAGAGAGGAAAAGAGAGAGGGGGAGAGAGCAAUAUAGACGGAGAGAGAAAGACAGAGAGGAAGAGAGAGAGAGGGGGAGAAGGGGAAAGAGAGAGAGAGUGUGUGAGAGUGAAAGGUAAAGACAGAGAGGGGGAGAGAAUGGGAAAGAGAGAGAGACAGAAGGAGAGAGAGAGAAAGGGAAAGAGGGACAGGAAGAGAGAGAGUUGAAAUAGAGGGAGGGAAAGAGAGAGAGGGGGCAGAGGAAAAGCGAGCGAGAGAGAGAGAAAGAAAGGGGUGGGGGGAGAGGGAGAGAGAGACUGGGAGAAAGAGAGAGAGAGGUAGAGAGAGAGAGAGAGAGAAGGAGGCAGAAUGGCGGCGGUGCCGUGCUCCAAGUGCACGGCAGAAAGAAAAGGAUUUCGACGGGAACUUGACUCCUGGCGAUAUAAGCUGCUCCACUGCGUCGGCUUUGAAAGCAUCUUAGAGGGGAUUUGUGGCUCCAUGUUGACAAGAGACCUGAAGUUGUUUGAUGGCUGUGAACCCAAGCAGGUGGAUGACUGGUCCCCAGAAGCAAACUGCUCCUUCUGCAACCUCGCCCUGGACAAACUCAGUGAGCAAGCAACCCCGUCAGCCCUCUCCUCCCCCUCGGAUGUCUCUCCAUGUCAGGCCCCGACCAUGUCUGAGAGCAGCCAGACCGCUCACAGGUUCCUCCAGGCUGUGUUCCACAAGAAAGAUGUGUCCCUGGGCCGCGAUUCCAACAUUCCUCAGAUCGCCCAGGAGCUGAUGAAGAAGAUGAUACACCAGUUCGCCAUAGAGUAUGCAUCCAAGUGCCUAAUCCACACCACGCCAACAAGGAUAUCCCCGCCUGAUGCCCCCUUGGACCUGACAGUGAGCCGACCUCAGGGCGAAGAAGAAAGGCAAUCUAAUACUGAUGGCGUGCUUGACCUCUCCAAAAACAACGGUGACAGCUCCACAACAACUCCAUUAACAGCCACCAUAAAAUCCUCGGGGAGGCAGCUCAAGCAGAAGGAGUACACUGAGAGGAGCUCGGAGCUGUCUGGGGGGCUGCUGUCUAAGGCUUUGAAGGAUGUGUGCUCAGGAAGGCUGCAAGAGCAGCGCGCUGCAUUGCUUUACGGAAUACCUCUUCAUGUCCUGAGGCGAGGCCUGGAAGGAAGUUCGGAAGAAAAGUUGCACCGAGUUGCUCAAGGAAGGAAAGAUUUCUGGGAGGAAACGGCAUCUGUGUCGUCGAUGCUUGGCGGGGAAGCCCGCCUCGUUCUGCAGAAAGUCGCGGCGUGGGCUGAGCGGGCCGAAAUUGGAGGAUCUACGGAGGAGAACGGAGAGCUUACAUUUCUUCCGUCCUCUCUUACCUAUCAUCAGCCAGGCGGUCUACUUAAGACCCUCCCCGACUCUUUUCUCCAGCUCAGGGAUGCCCUCCAACCCCCGCCGAGCCCCACUCCGGACACCCCCACGCUCCUUCGCAUCCCUCAGGUCCGAUCCGUGUCCAAUCGCAGCAGGUCAGCCCAAGCUGAGAAUCACAGUGUGACUGAAAACCUCCGUACCUCACCAACAGACGGGCCUGCCAACUUGUCAACCACUGCCAGACCUUCGCCUCUCUUCAAACUCAGACCUCCUUUCCUGGCACUCGGCUGUGCAGGAAGCGCCAACCAGUCACCUCAUCGCCUGGUACAUCGCAGUUCCUCAUUGGAUGACUCGGAGGAGGGGGCAGACCGCCGCGACAAAGACAAGCAACCGAGAAAGAAACGCGGAAGAUACCGGCAGUAUGACCACGAGCUGAUGGAGGAAGCCAUCACGAUGGUGAUGGGAGGCCGCAUGAGCGUCUCUAAGGCCCAGGGGGUCUACGGGGUACCCCAUAGCACUCUGGAAUACAAAGUCAAAGAGCGCACUGGAACACUGAAAAAUCCACCCAAGAAGAAACCUGCCAACAUAUGCUUGUCCGGUUCUGGUACCACUGCCAGUUCUGCUAACUCAGGGACUCUAUUUUCAACUGCUGCUGCAAAGAGGUUCUAGAUACCUCUAAACUCCUCAACGCUAGAACCCACCACCUCUUACAAGAGAAUGUUUUCUGGGGUGAACUUGUUCAAACACAACACAUGCCUUUACAAGAAUAUAUGGUAAUACUAUUCAGGUUAACUGUGAGUCUCUAUUUGAUAGUCCUACUUUCUGCCGUGUUUCACCUCGUUGGUCCCGGGCCUAAUUCAGCACUUUUAAAGAGGCAGGGACUUCACGCUACUAUGUAAGAAUUGCAUUCUACGGUAUAGCCUGCACCAAUUCUCAGAAGCCAUAUUGCAGUUGUUUUCUUGACAUACUGGUUUGAAUUUGUUGCUGAGAAUAUGUAUCUUGCCCGGCUGGAAGGUCUAUUUUGUUAAACAUGCGAGAGAAGAUCUCCCAGGAUGACUGACAUGUGUGAAACACAUCCACGGUAACAAUCAAAGAUGACUCCGGUGUUGGUUAGCUGUUAGGAAACUAGGUUCUUCAGGUUUGACUGAAUUCUUCAUGUUCUUUGUUGAUGAAGCAUCAAUGAUUGUCAUUUGCAGCUUCCACCUCUCUGACCAAGGCCAUUGAAGUGACUUAGAGCCAUGCUAACAUUGUAAUUAUUGCUGGACACACAGGACGAUUGUAUAUUGGUAACCGCUGUGAUGACCACAUCAACGUGAGUUUAUGUUGAAGAGAUUAGCGUAAAAAAAAAAAUGUUUGUCCUCGUAGUUUUACUUCCUCUUUUCGUACAGGUGUAGUGGGAAUGCAACCGUGCAGCAUGUUUGCAAAUGUGCACGGAUAAGCUUGGGUAAUAUGUUCUUGUGUGUGUGUGUGUGUUGUUAAAGAUGUUUUGUUGCCACUGAUAUUUACCAAUUUUGCUACGGUAGCCGUAUCGCCGUACAACCUCAUAUAUACGACUGCUGCUUCGAAGAAGAAACAUUAUGAAAACAUUUUCCUUGUACAAAGUUCCAGUAAAAACAAUGUUUAGAUGGGCCUUGUACUCGUCAACUGGCUUAAUCGUGAUUGUGGCGGCUGCAAGAGGCUUUGUUGGAUUUCGGUGAGCGUGGCUUUACUCUUUGUCCCAGUCCAGGGAAAUCCUCUCUGUCUGGACCGGUCUCCCACAACAAGACAAAUACCAAAGCAGCAGUUCAGGGUUACCACCAACAAGCUGUUUAUCUCGGUCUUGCUGUGACGUCAGCAUGUUUGUCUCUCUUUCUAACCUCAUUGCCGCAUAUACCUCUGAACUUCAUCUGCCUCCGGCCCAGUGUCAGUCAGGCCUUGCACCCAGGUCUAAGACCUCAUUCUCUUGAGUUUUGUCUCUCAAUCGACAUUUCAAUGCCAUCCACGACACUGGGCCUCAACGGCAGAUAUGCCUUGUUUACUUUUUUUUUUCCAAUCUAGGUUUACAUUCUUGUUCAGCUUUGUAUCUACUUGCAGUUUGAAGGCCUGAUCACACGUGUUAGAUACUGAUUGUCUAUUCCUGAAUGUCCUCGCUUGCACAGUUCCUUAGUGACUGUCUGCCUCUUUUACACCGGAAAAGUAGAAACUUAUAGCAUUAUCAAUUCGCACACAACAUAAACAUUUUACUAUAAAUUCUGGAGUAUAAGUCGCUACUUUUUUACUGCACUUUGAACCAUGCGGCUUGUAAAACGGUGCAGCAAAUGUACGGAUUUUAACAAUGUAAAAAGUUAUUUAAAGGCCUACUGAAAUGAGAUGUUCUUAUUUAAACGGGGAUCCAGGUCCAUUCUAUGUGUCAUACUUCAUCAUUUUGGGAUAUUGCCAUAUUUUUGCUGAAAGGAUUUAGUAGAGAACAUCGACGAUAAAGUUCGCAACUUUUGGUCGCUAAUAAAAAAAGCCUCGCCUGUUCCGGAAGUAGCGGACGAUAUGCGCAUGACGUCACGGGUUGUGGAGCUCCUCACAUCUGAACAUUGUUUACAAUCAUGGCCACCAGCAGCAAGAGCGAUUCCGACCGAGAAAGCGACGAUUUCCCCAUUUGUUUGAGCGAGGAUGAAAGAUUUGUGGAUGAGGAAAGUGAGAGUGAAGGACUACAAAAAAACACUAUACAGUGGGAGCGAUUCAGAUGUUAUUGGACAAAUUUACUAGGAUAAUUCUGGAAAAUCCCUUAUCUGCUUAUUGUGUUACUAGUGUUUUAGUGAGAUUAUACGGUCAUACCUGUACAACAUGAAGGUCGGCCCCGCACCUUUCUUCAGCACCAGUCGACGGGUGGUGGCGAUGCCCAUCUGUGUCCUUCGCAAGAGACCCUCUUCGAAACACGAACUUUCGAAAUGAUGGCUGCAUAAUACACUGUACUUUGUGUGAGUGGUCCAAUCCAACCGUGUUCACUUGACCGCUCUGUUCCAUAGUAAAGCUUCACCGUUAUCUUUCGGGAAUGUAGACAAUAAAACACCGGCUGUGUUUGUGUUGCUAAAGGCGGCCGCAAUACACCGCUUCCCACCUACAGCUUUCUUCUUUGACGUCUCCAUUAUUCAUUGAACAAAUUGCACAAGAUUCAGCAACACAGAUGUCCAGAAUAAUGUGAUGAAAACAGACGACUUAUAGCUCGGAACGGUGCUGGAACAAAAUGUCCUCUACAAUGCGUGACGUCACACCGAGACCUUUCAGCAGGAUACUUCGGCGUGAAAUUUAAAAUUGCAAUUUAGUAAACUAAAUGUUGCAAUGUUAAUAUUUCAUCAUUGAUAUAAAAACUAUCAGACUGCGUGCUCGCUAGUAGUGGCUUUCAGUAGGCCUUUAAAAAAGCAAGCAAAGACACUAAAUAAGUGUGUCAUUGUUUGUGCUAUAUCGCCAUUUUUGGACAAGUUUCGCUCAGUUUAGACCAGGCCUGGGCAAUUAUUUUGACUCGGGGGCCACAUUUAGAGCAAAAAGUGUCUGGGGGCCGGUAUAUCUAUUUUUAGGGACACUAAAUAAGUGUGUCAUUGUUUGUGCUAUAUCGCCAUUUUUGGACAAGUUUCACUCACUGUUUAGACCAGGCCUGGGCAAUUAUUUUGACUCGGGGGCCACAUUUAGAGCAAAAAGUGUCUGGGGGCCGGUAUAUCUAUUUUUAGGGAGACUAAAUAAAUGUGUCAUUGUUUGUGCUAUAUCGCCAUUUUUGGACAAGUUUCACUCACUGUUUAGACCAGGCCUGGGCAAUUAUUUUGACUCGGGGGCCACAUUUAGAGCAAAAAGUGUCUGGGGGCCGGUAUAUCUAUUUUUAGGGACACUAAUACAAAACUUCACAAUAAUGUCUGAUUGAAUGCUAAAAACGUUAUGACAGACCGCUUUAAAAAAAACGUAAUGGAAUUUUACAUUUUUCUGUGAACAAUAAAACACUGAAUAUUGACAAAAUAUGAAUGUCACUCCCCCUUUUGAUCGACAUAUUUUACAAUCAAGUGAAACGCAACAAAAAUCCAACAAACAGUGAAAUAUGAACGAGAAGUGUGCAAAAUAAAGUCACCUACAUUCUGAUAUAUCACUAAGCUUUAGAACUUUGUUGUGAAAAGCUCCUUCUUUAUCUGUGGAAACGCUUCCCGCCCACAUUGCUUGGUGCCUCGUCUGACCUGCUGUGACGUAGAUUACCAUAGUAACUAAUUAGAUUACCAUAGUAACUAAUUAGAUGACCAUAGUAACUAAUUAGAUGACCAUAGUAACUAAUUAGAUUACCAUAGUAACUAAUUAGAUGACCAUAGUAACUAAUUAGAUUACCAUAGUAACUAACUAGAUGACCAUAGUAACUAACUAGAUGACCAUAGUAACUAAUUAGAUUACCAUAGUAACUAACUAGAUGACCAUAGUAACUAACUAGAUGACCAUAGUAACUAACUAGAUGACCACAGUAACUAAUUAGAUUACCAUAGUAACUAACUAGAUGACCAUAGUAACUAAUUAGAUUACCAUAGUAACUAACUAGAUGACCAUAUUAACUAACUAGAUGACCAUAGUAACUAAUUAGAUGACCAUAGUAACUAACUAGAUUACCAUAGUAACUAACUAGAUGACCAUAGUAACUAACUAGAUGACCAUAUUAACUAACUAGAUGACCAUAGUAACUAAUUAGAUGACCAUAGUAACUAACUAGAUGACCAUAGUAACUAACUAGAUGACCAUAAUAACUAACUAGAUGACCAUAGUAACUAAUUAGAUGACCAUAGUAACUAACUAGAUGACCAUAGUAACUAACUAGAUGACCAUAGUAACUAAUUAGAUUACCAUAGUAACUAACUAGAUGACCAUAGUAACUAACUAGAUGACCAUAGUAACUGAUUAGAUGACCAUAGUAACUAACUAGAUGACCAUAGUAACUAAUUAGAUGACCAUAGUAACUAACUAGAUGACCAUAGUAACUAACUAGAUGACCAUAUUAACUAACUAGAUGACCAUAGUAACUAAUUAGAUGACCAUAGUAACUAACUAGAUGACCAUAGUAACUAACUAGAUGACCAUAGUAACUAAUUAGAUUACCAUAGUAACUAAUUAGAUUACCAUAGUAACUAACUAGAUGACCAUAUUAACUAACUAGAUGACCAUAGUAACUAACUAGAUGACCAUAGUAACUAACUAGAUGACCUUAGUAACUAACUAGAUGACCAUAGUAACUAAUUAGAUGACCAUAGUAACUAACUAGAUGACCAUAUUAACUAACUAGAUGACCAUAGUAGCUAACUAGAUGACCAUAGUAACUAAUUAGAUGACCAUAGUAACUAACUAGAUGACCAUAUUAACUAACUAGAUGACCAUAGUAACUAACUAGAUGACCAUAGUAACUAACUAGAUGACCUUAGUAACUGGUAUAUCAUCCAUAAGCGCAGAUUCCAACCAUUGAAAUACUUCGUAUAAAGACUUACAGUCAUUAGAAAACAUGAGUGCUACACUCUCCAUUUUAAACAUCUAAAAUAAUUAUUUGGGAAUGUCCGACGGGCCAGAUUGAAAAGCUUAACGGACUUCAUGUGGCCCCCGGGCCUUCAUUUGCCCAGGUCUGGUUUAGACUAAGCUUUCAAUGGGAAGUACAAGUUCCGUCCUUUUCUCCAGCCGUUAAUAACGUUUCUACUCGUAUGGAUUCUUCAUUCGUCACUCCAAGCAACGUUUGUACGUUUUACAAUACAACUAAAAUAAUUCAUACUUUCUAAGCCGUCCCAUGUGUGAUGUUUGUAAGAAUGUUUUUAUGCAUACUUGUACGUGCUACCAUAACGGAAUGCAGCUAGCGUCGUUAGCAAUAGCUAUUAUGCUAAGACGUUAAGAGUGUCUUUGUUAGUGUUAUUAACUCAUUCAUUUUGUAUUGUUUCGUAAAUUCGCUAAAACAUCACCUCAGUUUAGCUGAUUGGAGAGCUAGCUUGCGUAGCAAGUGGUUCCAUGACCAUGACUUCUGUUUUGUUUGAUCAGCUGUUUUACUGCCUUGUCACAGACACGGUCUGGAAACAAUUAAGGUAUAUAAAUAAACAUUUUAUAAAUAAUUAUGUGUUUAAAAAAAAACUUUCACAACGUAUACAUUUGCCACUUGUAGUCCGGUGCAGCUAAUAUAUGGAAAGAUAUAUACCAUUUUCUAUCUAGUGGGUGUGGCUUAUAUACUGGUGGGAUCCAAAGUCCAGAAUAUGAUGUCAUUGUUUUGUCUCCCCCAACACUUGCUGGUGAUCAUAACAAAAUCUGCACUACCAGUUAUUUAAAUCAUCGUACGCUGUCUCGUGUGAUACGUACUAUAUUCAUUUUACAGCACUUAAAAACCCAGUUUUACUAGUUGUCUUGUUGUACUUAUUGGAGCACUUAAAUGCAAAACGUGUUUCUCUGUACCCGCAUGAAUGCUUUUAAAUGUUAACCCUUUCUAUGUUUAAUUUAGCCCUGAAAUGACACCUGUGAAUGUUGUGAUUGUUUAGUGUUGAUUUUUGAAGUCUUUAAGUACAUUUCUGGAAAGCAACAUUUACAAAAACGCUACAGAAUGUUCAAACCCCGUUUCCAUAUGAGUUGGGAAAUGGUGUUAGAUUUAAAUAUAAACAGAAUACAAUGAUUUGGAAAUCCUUUUCAAGCCAUAUUCAGUUGAAUAUGCUACAAAGACAACAUAUUUGAUGUUCAAACUCAUAAACAUUUUUUUUUUUGUUUUGCAAAUAAUAAUUAACUUAGAAUUUCAUGGCUGCAACACGUGCCAAAGUAGUUGGGAAAGGGCAUGUUCACCACUGUGUUACAUCACCUUUUCUUUUAACAACACUCAAUAAACGUUUGGGAACUGAGGAAACUAAUUGUUGAAGCUUUGAAAGUGGAAUUCUUUCCCAUUCUUGUUUUAUGUAGAGCUUCAGUCCUUCAACAGUCCGGGGUCUCCGCUGUCCUAUUUUACGCUUCAUAAUGCGCCACACAUUUUCCAUGGGAGACAGGUCUGGACUGCAGGCGGGCCAGGAAAGUACCCGCACUCUUUUUUUACGAAGCCACGGUGUUGUAACACGUGCUGAAUGUGGCUUGGCAUUGUCUUGCUGAAAUAAGCAGGGGCGUCCAUGAAAAAGACGGCGCUUAGAUGGCAGCAUAUGUUGUUCCAAAAGCUGUAUGUACCUUUCAGCAUUAAUGGUGCCUUCACAGAUGUGUAAGUUACCCAUGCCUUGGGCAUUAAUGCAUCCCCAAAACCAGCACAGAUGCUGGCUUUUCAACUUUGCGUCAAUAACGGUCUGGAUGGUUCGCUUCCCCUUUGGGCCCGAUAACAUAAUGUUGAAUAUUUCCAAAAACAAUUUGAAAUGUGGACUCGUCAGACCACAGAAUACUUUUCCACUUUGCAUCAGUCCAUCUUAGAUGAUCUCGGGCCCAGAGAAGCCGGCGGAGUUUCUGGAUGUUGUUGAUAAAUGGCUUUCUCUUUGCGUAGUAGAGCUUUAACUUGCACUUACAGAUGUAGCAACCAACUGUAUUAGGGAUAGUGGUUUUCUGAAGUGUUCCUGAGCCCAUGUGGUGAUAUCCUUUAGAGAUUGAUGUCGGUUUUUGAUACAGUGUCGUCUGAGGGAUGGAAGGUCACGGUCAUUCAAUGUUGGUUUCCGGCCAUGCCGCUUACGUGGAGUGAUUUCUCCAGAUUCUCUGAACCUUUUGAUGAUAUUAUGGAGCGUAGAUGUUGAAAUCCCUAAAUUUCUUGCAAUGUCACUUUGAGAAAGGUUGUUCUUAAACUGUUUGACUAUUUGCUCACGCAGUUGUGGACAAAGGGGUGUACCUCGCCCCAUCCUUUCUUGUGAAAGACUGAGCAUUUUUUGGGAAGCUGUUUUUAUAGCCAAUCAUGGCACCCACCUGUUCCCAAUUAGCCUGCACACCUGUGGGGUGUUCCAAAUAAGUGUUUGAUGAGCAUUCCUCAACUUUAUCAGUAUUUAUCGCCACCUUUCCCAACUUCUUUGUCACGUGUUGCUGGCAUCAAAUUCUAAAGUUAAUGAUUAUUUGCAAAAAAAAAAAAAAAGUGUUUAUGAGUUUGAACAUCAAAUAUGUUGUCUUUGUAGCAUAUUCAACUGAAUAUGGCUUGAAAAGGAUUUGCAAAUCAUUGUAUUCUGUUUAUAUUUACAUCUAACACCAUUUCCCAACUCAUAUGGAAACGGGGUUUGUAUGAGCCCCAAGCCUGAAUAGACCUCAUCUGCAUGUCGGCCAUUUGUAAAGAACUGAAUUUAGUUCCUUAAUAAUCCUUGAACACUUAUUUAAAAGUGUGUAUCCACAAGGAAUAUCUGAAAGUUUACAACUCCUACAAAAAGGUUGUUUUGACAAGACCACUUCAACACUGACAAUCGCUGGACCCAAUUAAGACUUUGGAAACACCAUCACAUUUAAAAUGCAUCAUUGUCCUUUUAAAAAGGAAAUUUUUUUGGUUGUGAAAUGUAUGUCAUGUCCUGAUUGAAAACUGCCGAAUUGAACAUUGUUUUUUUGAGCUGUAAAGACGUUGGAUGAAAGUGAUGUUAUUUAAAGAAAAAGAGGUUUGAGCGUUUCUACAAUCUUUCCUGCUGCUUUGUGCAGAAUGUUGUUUUGCCUUCAGCGACUCAUCAAUAAAUGCAAUUGUCAACAUCAA